CAGUACAGUACGUAUACAGCUUCGUUUUAGUCUGCAAGUUCAUAUAACAUUUUAAUAAUCAUUGCUGUGUAUAAAUUAAGAUUGUAUUAACACAUUAAAAGGAAUAGGAGUCUGAUUUUCUGCAGAUCUGGGAGAUAAAAUGAGUCCAGCGGUCACCCUUUUUCUCAUCGUCGUCUCCACAGCAGUGGCCGGGAGUGUUACCAUUAAGACCCUGGUUUUCCCCACUGCAACGAGCACCAGUUAUGUUGAGAUGAUCCCUCAAAGGCCGAUGAACCUGACUGCGUUCACUCUGUGCAUGCGAGUCGCCACGGAGCUCAGCGGCAAACGAGAGAUCAUCCUCUUUGCAUACCGGACUGGAAGCUACGAUGAGCUGAAUGUGUGGCGUGAAGUGGAUGGAAGACUGUCCUUUUACCUGGCUGGGGAUGGUGUUUUAUUUAAAGUCCCUGACCUCGGAGCCCUGAUUACCCACCUGUGUGUCACCUGGGAUUCCACUUCAGGUUUAGCUGCCCUCUUCCUGGAUGGAAAGAGGAGCUUAUCCAAAAUCUACAAGAAGGAUCACACUGUCAGCCCAGGAGGCAGGGUUAUCCUGGGACAAGAUGCGGAUUCUUUCCUGGGUUCUUUUGAUAAGAAGCAGAGUUUUGUUGGUGAGAUCUGUGAUGUGAACAUGUGGGACACUGUUCUACCAGAUAGUGCAAUCAUAUGCAUGUUUGCAGGGAAGAGAGAACCAAGAGGAAAUGUUUUUGACUGGGACAGCGGAGAGCUGGAAAUAAACGGAGAUGUAGAGGUCGCCACUCGUGAGCUGUAGCUAUAAUGUUCACCCACAGGAAAACGUGUGCAGUCAGUGAAUGCCACCCAUACGGUUGUAUGAAAUCUGAUACUUUAUUGAUCAAAAUUUGCAUCAGUAUUACUGACAUAACUUCAGAUUAAUGUGUUUUGCGACCUAGUAAAAAUAUCUGCUCCAUCCUUCUCUAUGCCUGAUAAAUCAUUUUGAUUUCAGAAAUGCCAGACCUGACAGUCAUGUGACAAAGAAAGUACGCCAUCUUUCUGUUCUAGAGUUUAACGUAACAGAACAUAAUAAAGAAAAGUCAUCAUCAACAACAAC